CAACACCGCAUUAUCAAACGGCCGAAUUUUAUUCAACUUCCCUUUCAUGACUAGAUCACCAAGAUGAGAAGGCUCACGACGUGAAACUGUACAUACAGGGAGCAUUACAAUCUUGGCCUUCGACGUGUAUAAAGCAGGGCCAACUAGCUUUGUGGAAAAUCAUCCACACCACAUCAGCAUCAGCAUCACUCUUUGGUAACAUCCUCCGGUCUACAAACAUCACCAUGAAGGUCCAGGUCCUCUCAUUCGCUGCUUUGGCUUCUUUGGCCACCGCCUUCUCUGAUGUCCUCAGCAAGCGCGACUCACCCCUCUCUGUCGCUCUAGAGGUGACGGGCAACACCAAUGUCAAGGCCGUCAUCACCAACAAGGGCUCCGAGGACCUCAAGCUCUUCAAGACUGGUACCUUCCUUGACGACUCCCAAGUACAGAAAGUUGAAGUCUUUCAAUCAGGUAAGGAGGUUGCUUUUGACGGUAUUCGCCUCCGUGUCAGCACCGCCAACCUCGACGAGUCUGCUUUCCAUAUCCUCGCUGCAGGCCAAUCCAUCGAGGCAGCAUUCGAUAUUGCCGUUGCCCACGACUUGAGUGCAGGUGGUAACUUCGACCUCGUUACUGAAGGAGCUUUUGCUUAUGCUGAGCUCGACUCCACGGUGAUCGCCGGUGCUGUUCCGUUCACCAGCAACACUGUUUCUGCUGCCGUCAAUGGCGAGAAGGCUGCCAAGAUCCGCCGUGAUUACAUUGAACUGGCUAAGCGGACGGUUGUUCAGAGCGAUUGCACUGGUACCCGUCGCUCUGCUACUACGACUGCGAUUUCCAACUGCGCCUCCCUAGCUCGCGCCGCUUCUGCAGCUGCUGCGAACAAUCCCGCGAAGCUGAAUGAAUAUUUUAAGAGCACGUCUGCCGCCACUGUUGCCACUGUCCAGCGCGUUUUCAACAACGUCGCCUCUCAAUGCGGGUCCACCACCUCCGGUAACUCACGUUACUACUGCACCGACGUUCUCGGUGCCUGUUCUAACGGCGUCUUGGCUUACACUUCCCCAUCUACCAGCCAGAUGGUCAACUGCCCUCUCUUCUUCACCGCGCUUCCCGCACAAAGCCGUACCUGCCACGCUCAGGACCAGGCUACUACUGUCCUUCACGAGACAACCCACUUGACUCAGGUCAAGGGCACCAGCGACUAUGGUGGUUACGGGUAUAACUUUGUCCGCAGCCUCAGUUCGGCGCAGAACUUGAACCACGCGGACACGUAUGCACUUUUCGCGCAAGCCCUCUUCGCCGGCUGCUAGACGAUGGUAUCCGCCUUAUAUGCUUGAUGGAUGUGUCACUGGAAGGGAGACAGUGUCACAGAGCUUGGAAUUUGCUUACCAGUGUUGCUGAUGUUGGUAAAAUCCUGAUGCGUGGGAUUGUGGAUCUCUCUCAUUUAGGCCAGUGUAGUCUCUUACCGUUUAGUAGAGAUUGAUAAUGAAACAAUGCC